CUUGCCCUGCCCAGAUGAUGCUCCUCCCUGGAGAGCCGGACGGCGGGGCGAGGCUUGCCGGCCGAGGCUCCUCCGCCUUCCCUUCGCGGGGGCUCCGCCCGAUCUGACGUGGCAGCGGCUCCAGCAAGCGGGAGGCCGCCGCGUCCGGAGCGCAGAGCCAAGAGCGCAGAGCGCAGCGCGCGUCGUUGAAGUGAAGGUGCCCGAUGGCACGUCCGCGCUUCGUGCUGCUGGUGGCGCUGGUGGUGCUCUCGGGAUCGGGGCUGCUCCGCGGCUACGAGCCGGACUGGCGCCGCCUGGAGGGCCUGGCGAGAGGGAAAGUGGAGAGCUGUGGAGGAUGACGGCUGAACCGCCUCCCAGAGGUGAAGGCCUUCAUCAAUGAGGACUUGCCUCUGUACCACAACCUUGACAUGAAGCACCUCGCCGGAGCAGACCCCGAACUCAUCCUGUUGAACUCACAGUACAAAGAGCUGGAGAGAAUUCCACUGAGUGAUAUGUCCCGCAAAGAAAUCAACGAGCUGGUGCAGAAGUUGGGCUUCUACCGGAAGGAGAAACCCGAUUCGCCUGUCCCCAAAGAGUUCCAGCUUGCUCCUGCCCGGCCGCUCCCUGGUUCAGAAGGUGCCAAGGGAGAGCAUGUAUCAGAGAGCAAAGGUGCUGCAGGUGGAGAACUCUAGAUCUGUUGUGCUCUUAAGAACCUCAGGGGUGUCUUGUGUGCGAGUGUGUGCAAGGGUUGAGUGUGUGGCUCAUGUUUUAAUACAUGCACAAGCAUAGCUGUACCGGUGGGUGUGCACGGCAGGAUAUGUUGUUAGUAUAUGCAGGGUUGUGUGUGCACGCCUGCCAGAGGAGAGCCAAGGAAUGUGGCCUGGGCUGUAGAAUCGGUCCUUAAAAAAAAAGAAAA